AUUAUAUAGAAAAGUGUGGAAGAACUGAUUUUAUAGUCUUCCAAAAGAAAACAUGGGUGGAUGUUACAGUUCUUCCAAAAGCAAAAGAAAGGAGGAUGGUAAGGCCCCCACACCAGAAGCGGCGGAGUUGGCCACAAAGGAAGCAACUCUCGAGGUGGCAAAAGCCUGUAAGGAAGAGACCACCCCUGUGGGGGGGGUCUUUACCUAAAGAGCUGGCUGCCUCUGAGGUGGUGACAACCACCUCUGAAGUGUCAGUUCCUCUUAAGGAGGAAGCCACUUCUGAGGUGGUGGUAAUGCCUCUGAAGAAUGUCGCCACCGAGGUAGCUUUGACUCCUAAAGAGGAAGAAUCUGCUUCAGAGGUGGCAAUAUUAUGUGCUAAUGAGGAAACCACCGUUCAGGAGGCUAUAUUGCCAAAGAAAGAAACCAAUUCUGAUGUGACAACCGAAGUGAACGUCACAACCGACGAGGUAACCAUGGAAGCAUCCAAGUUGAACGAUGAAAGUGAUGUGAAAGAAACGAAGAAAGACGAGGAGAAUAAGGAUGGUGAGAAGGUUAUGGAUGAUUCUAAGCCAACUGAGAGAAAAACACCAGAUGAGGAGAGUGGGCCAAAGGUAGAUGAAGCUGAGGUGGUGGCAUCUAAGGAAGACCAAAAAGAAUCCAAGUGUAUCGAAACAAAGGAGGAUGUCAAAGUUAUCGAAGGACAAGAAACUGAAAAAUAGUCACUGGCUUAAUUUUUAUAUAUUUGAAGAUUCCUUUGUUGUUCCCAAUCACCCACCAUUGCUUCAAUAAACUACCAAGUGUUAAAGAUUAUAUGAUUUGAUUUUGUUUUAGAUGAAACAUGAAACUAAACCAUCUUUGAUUUAUUGAUUUUAAAGUGUUAUGCAA